CGUUGAUUUUCCAUCACACCCUUUCUCACAUGCGUUUUCCAUCAAAUACUCUCUGUCACUCUUUAUCACGUUUUUUAUUUGCAUCUUCUGGCAAGCCAUCGUGAGUGAAGGAGCGCUGAAUUAAUUGUGGGCCAGUUCGGCAGCGGAGGCUCUUCCCUCCAGUAUAAACUCGUGGCGCAGCACAACAUACCGUGACGGCUGAAUGGAGCUGAAUGUUUCUCAGCCUGCAUGGCUGGGUGUUUCAAGCACAGGCCAGCCUGCUCUGGAAUGCAUGCACAACUCCGCAAAUAACGCCGAGCUGAAACUAACAAUUCUCAAAGGGAAUAACAAGCUUACUGUUUGCUCUGGUACCACAACUGCAACGGGGCAGUUUAUCAGCUCAAGUGAACUCCUUCGCUGUCACUUUGAACGGAUCCCAAACAAAGUCUCCGUCAUGAUACUUGGACUGAACUCUUCAUUAGUUGAUAAUUAUUACUGCAUGGUUGAGAAAUUGUAUCCUCCACCUUAUGAAUCCAGCCUUGGAAAUGGUACACUCAUCUACAUCAGAGCAGAAGACAUGAAAUGUUCUCGGUUUCCCUUCUUCCUGAUCGUGGGCAUUCUAAUGCUUCUGCUUCUAAUCUGCUUAGUUUCCACCAUCAUUCUGAUAACCAAAAAAAAAGUGAAGAAGACCAACGUGAACCCUGUGUACGAGCAGAUGGCACCCACCAGAGGGAGAAAAUAAAAUGGUGAUGCAGGCUGAUGGAGAAGCGGUACGACACAACCUACAUGUACACAGCUAACAAUUCUGGGAAGCACACAACUACAGUUCCACGAUGAAUUUGAUUGCAAAUCCUACCUGUGAUUCGGUACCUGUUGGAAUUGAUUGGAGGAUUGUGAGAUCCAGCUCUUCACCAUAUGAUGAUCUUCAGGAGUGAUGCUGUGCAUAGUGUAAAAUAUAGCUCACGCAAGUUACCAAACUGCCACGACAGAGGGCUGCCACCACCGUACGGGAUACAAAUGGGAUUUUGUUUGAGUUGGGAGGUGGGUGUAGGGUAAUAACUUUGAUGUAUCACUGGCUGUCUGUUCAGCGUGACUAUGCUUCAUGCUCUGGUUAUGCAAAAUUAAAGGUCGUCCCCUGAGUUUGUUUGGGGACACUUUCAUGAUGAUACUACCUGAUCUGCAAGUGU